UCCACCACUCCAAUAUUGAUAUUUAUUUUCAAACAAAAAUAAUAUAAAAUUAAAGUAAAUUAAUCAGUUUAGAAGCAUGACAGAUGAAUCGGAAGCAACAGCAGGUGUUGAGAAACUGUCUUUACAGCCAGAGAAGUUAAAUGAGACAGUUAAAAUCGAUAUAUUAUUAAAUGCAGCAGGAAACGCGCCAAUUAUGAAACAAAGGAAGUGGACAGUGGAUUGGAUGAAGGACAUCUCAUGGGUUAGCAAAUUCAUUCACAAAUAUCUCAAACUAGAUCCAGAAGAGAAAAUUUUCCUGUACAUAAAUCAAACUUUUGCGCCUAGUCCUGAUCAAAUCCUUAAAAAUCUUUAUGAAUGUUAUGGAAAUCAGAAUAAGCUCUCACUUCAUUACUCAAUUAACCAAGCCUGGGGAUAGAUCUUUGCACUGCAUUACUAUUAAUCUUAUAGCCAGUAUCUCUGUCACGAAAAGAUGCUUCUUUCAUAAUUUUAUGUUAAGUGAUGUAAUUUGCGCUAAGCUCGACAUGCUGUCAUAAUCCACUUGUACAUAUAUAGCAAGUUCUAGCAUUUAUUUUAUAUGUUGCAUCGACAACUUUAUGAUGAUGACUGAGACAGUUCUUUAAUGAUUAUUGCGAGACUUAUUUGUAUGUGAAUCAUUCAUUAAACAUUUAGCUACGAUUAAGAUAAUUAAUAAAAUUCUUUAUUUAAC